UGGAUGAGCGAUUGCAUCAUCCACUGUCAAGCUGUCUAUUCGGCGGGGGCGCAUCACUAAUCCACUUGGACGUACAUAGUACAUCUACACUUCAAACAGAUCUAUUGCACAUACUCUUUCUCUUACCAAUCUCCACAACGCCUCUGGCUAUUUGAACCCUACAACCGCCAAAAUUUCGUUCCUGCGCCACUUCUUCACGCGCGCCCCCUCACCCACAACCAUGUCCGCCACAAAGACCAAGGUCCAGUCCAUCAUCGAUGAGAACCCCGUCGCCGUCUUCUCAAAGUCCUACUGUCCAUACUGCAAUGAUGCUAAGCAGCUGCUAAGCGCCAGCGGCGCAAAGUUCUACGCCAUCGAGCUCGACCAAGUCGACGACGGUUCGGCAAUCCAGUCUGUGCUCGCCGACAUUACUGGCCAGAGGACCGUCCCCAACAUCUUCAUCGCCCAGCAGCACAUUGGUGGAAACAGCGAUUUGCAGGCCAAGAAAGGCGAGCUCAACACCCUGCUCAAGGAUGCUGGUGCUCUAUAAGCGUCCUGCGACACUGCAAACAUGAUUCCCGUACUUAGUCUCGCAACACUCUGCAAGCAAUAAAAUACAUUAGCAACUGCACUUGCCGAA